AUGCAGCCAUCUGACUCCAUACAUAUUCAGGCUCCCCUGUCUGACGGGGGGGCCCCUCUGGGGGCCCUCUCCGGGGGCCCCUCUGGGGACUUCUCUGCGGGGGGCCCCCCUGGGGGCCCCUCUCUAGGGGGCCCCGCUGGGGGCCCCCCUGGGGGCCCUUCCCUGGGAGGCCCCUCUGGGGGCCCCUGUGGGGGCCCCUCUCUAGGGGCCCCAUUAGGGGGCCCCUCUGGGGGCCCCCCUGUGGGGGCCCCCUCUCGAAUACCUCCGCGUGUGUUACUGUGUGGUGGGGUUGCUCUUGUGUCUCCUACUUUUCGUCGGGGCCCCCUUUUGCUUUCUUUGUCUGGUUCUUGUUAUGCGGCAAUAAGAAGCCUGAGGGGGGGGAGGGUCUUCUUGGGCCUAGAAGAAAACAUAAGGAGACUCCUCACCUCAGCUGCUGCUCUCAGCAGGGGCCCCCCAUAUCACCUGGGGGGCCCCCCCCAUUGGCUCAACGGGGGCCCCCAAGAAACAGGGAAAUACCUACAUAGGGGGGCCCCCAACCAGCCUGGGGGCCCCCACGAUGCGGAAAGCGAUAGUGCAGCUACUGGGGGGCCCUCAAGGGGGGGCCCCCCAGGGGGGGCCCCCUCGGAGGGGGGCCCCUCAGGGGGGCCCUCGGGGGGCCCCUCAGGGGGCCCCUCGGGGGGCCCCUCGGGGGGCCCCCCUGGUGUAUGUGGUGAGGUGAUGAGUCAAUUUAGAGAGAAAGUAUGCGGAGAGCUUCGGCAGCUGGUGCGGCUGUUUCGUUUGUUUGCUGCUGCUCCAGCAGCAGCUCAGCCAGCAGCAGCAGCAGCAACAGCAAAAACACCAGCAGCAGCAGCAGCAGCAGCAGCAGCAGCAGCAGAAGAUGCAGCAGUGCUGCCUGAGGGUAUGGAGCUCGCCAUAACAAUUGUGUUGACCCCCACGAGGCUGCCGCAGCUGCUGGGGGCCCUGCAGCUUCCAUCUCUUCCUUUGGGGGCCCUUGAGGCCCCAGCAGCAGCAGCAGCAGCAGCAGCAGCAGCAGGAGAAGAGGCAGAUGCAGCAGCAGGAGGUGCAGCAGCAGCAGCAGCAGCAGCAGCAGCAGCGGCUCAACGGGGGCCCCCAAGAAACAGGGAAAUACCUACAUAG